UAGGUAUAAUAUGUGAAGAAGUCAAAAUGUGAGUGCAUUUGAAAUCAAUUUAUUGCAACUUAGCUGUGCGGAAUGAAGGUUGCUAAAAAACUUCAUUAUAUUAAACGCUAUAUGAAAAUAUGGAUAGCUCUUGUUAUUUUCAUAUACUGUAUACUGCAGCGUCAGUAUAUAAUAUCUGUUUUGAAUAACUUAACUUUUCACGAAGAUUUUGACUUGGAAUACUUUGAUGUAGACGACAUCGAUAUCACUGAAACGAUAGAAUUAAGCCAUUUACCCAACAUGGCUAGAAUAAAACGGAAAACAAUUCUGGAUUAUAAACCAGGCCACCGCCCUUGUCGUCAUUAUCCUAGGAACUUGAAGGGAAAUUUAACAUCUAACAUCAAGAUCAACGUAACUCAAACUCUUCCGUGGGACGUUAUAGAGUCUUCCAUUUCCAGGGUUUACGAGGGAAAAUUUUCUCCUAGAAAUUGUAAAUCACGCUACAAUGUUGCAAUCAUAAUUCCGUUGCGGAAUCGUGAAUCUCAAUUAAAAGUAUUAUUAGCUCAUAUGCAUCCUAUAUGGCAACGACAAAAUCUUGAUUACACUGUUUAUACCAUUACACAAGCAGGAGAGGGAUUAUUUAAUAGAGCAAAACUUAUCAACGUGGGAGUAUCUGAAGCUACGAAAGAGCAAUCCUACGACUGUUUUGUGUUUCAUGAUGUUGACUUGUUGUUGGAAGAUGACCGGUGUUUGUAUUGGUGUGACGAAGAAAAUCCUCGUCAUAUAUCGAUGUAUAUGGACAAAUUUGCUUAUGAACCACUCUCUUAUUCGACAACAUGUCGUCCAGCAUCAUUUUUUUUAGAAAAUAUUAUAUAUUACGGCGGCGUGUCAAGUAUGACACCAAAGCAGUUCAACAAUGUCAAUGGUUUCUCAAAUUUUUAUUGGGGAUGGGGAGGGGAAGAUGAUGACAUGUAUUUCAGAUUGAAAACUGCAGGAUACGACGUGUCCAAUCCAUACGGUCAACAUUGUUCAUUUCGUAUGAUAGCGCAUGAACACGAGUCUUCGAACGCUGAGAAUGAAGCAAGAUAUACUCUGUUAUAUCAUGCCGCUUCCAGAAUGAGAAAAGAAGGCUUAAACACUUUGAGAUACAAAUUAUUGUCUGUAAAGAGAUUUCCACUGUACGUCAACAUCACAGUUGAUAUAGGAAGACCAUCCAUGAAAAUGUUAAAAUUUAUGUCGAGAAAAAUGUCCUGGACGGAAAUAUGCAUUGCACGAGUUCCAUGGCGAAUGUAAUUCACGUUUUAUUUCUUUAAUCGAACGAUAGAAGUCGCAAGAAAAUAUUAGAAAAAAAAGGAAUGACUGAAAGUCAAAAUUCAGGAAGAACGAAGCAGAUACCAUAAAAAUUUAAACUAAUAUUAAAUGAAAUUGACGAUUAACGUCUAUUUUCACGCUAAGACUUCAAAUGUUGUAUUACGAAAUAAAUUAAAAAAAAAUAUAUAUUUAUUUCAUACCACAUUCGAGUGGCGAUUGAACCGUAUAUCUAUCCGUAUUCUCAAUUAGCAUAAAUUAAUUUAAUAAAUGGAUUAACUAGAUUUAGUUGCCUUGCAUUCAAUAAUUUGGAGUGUAUAAAAUAUAUUUUUUAAUUUAUAUUUAUGCAAACUUUUGAUUGGAAGAAA